AUGCGUUUCAUUCCAGUUCUCGCGACUGCCUUCCUGGCCAUUAAUUCGGUCACAGGCGCGUCGUCCGCAGUCUCCGCUGCUGCUCAAGAUGAUCAAAACAGUGUUGCUGCGGCGACUACUACUGCUGCUGCCCAUGCCCAUGCCAAUGCUGUCGAGGCUGCUGUAACAACGACAGCUGCAGCUGCGGCUGCAGCUGACACGUCCAAUUCGGAUGAGGAGUCAGCCGAUUCUGCGGAUGCAGCCACUAGCAGUGCUGCUGCUGUUGCCGACACAAAUGGAGCUGAAAGCACUGCUGCUGCUGCCAUCUCUAAUGCUGUCGCUGACUCAAGUACCGAAUCGACAGCUGCGGCUGCUACCGCUGCUGCUGGUACUAGCAAUGCCGCUGCCAAUGCUGCUUCUUCGACCGCUGCCGAUGCUGCUGGUUCUAGUACCGCCGCCAAAUCCGCAUCCACGUCCGCCUCCUCUUCCUCUGACUCGGAUAGCACUUCCACAAGCACAAGCUCCGACUCUUCUAGCACUAGCUCCAGCUCCAGCACUAGUCUUCUGAGCUUGAUUGGGGAUCUAUUAGGCGGCUCUAGUUCCACCGGCAGUGAUAUCUUGACUGACGUGGAGGAUCUCUUGUCUGGUCUGGAUGGCCUCCUUGACGCUAACUUCUUGAACGAGGUUACCUCAACCUUCAAGUACCUGUCAACUGGUCUGGCUCCCCCUGUUGAUACCAACAUUCAGACUCUGCUCUCCACCACGAACACAAACGCCAUCGUUGACUUAAUUACAAAUGCCAACACCUUGUUGUCCACGAAGAACACCCAGACUAUCAGCAACCUUCUGGAUGUGGCCGACACUCUGCUGUCUACACAGAACAUUGACAACAUUGAGACGCUGCUCAACAAUGUUGAUAAGAUUAACACUCUGAUUGACAAUGCCGACGACCUCCUUACUACUACCAACGUUAAGGCUAUUGAGACCUUGGUUACCAACGCCAAUGGCCUUCUUACUAGCACCAACGUCAAGUCGAUUGAAAACUUGGUCACCAAUGCCAAUGACUUGCUGACAAGCAAUGUUACCAGCGCUCUGAAGACAAUUCUCAAUGAUGUUGUCCAACUGCUGCCCAGCCUGGAGGACUUCCUUACCGAAGAAACUUUCACCGAGCUUGCCACUCUGCUCAAGAAUGGUAACUCGCUGCUCACGACUGCUUUUGUCACCGAUACCAAGAACCUGAUUACUGCCGCCACUGACCUCCUGACAACAUCGGUUACCAAUGCCCUCAAGGAGAUCCUCACCGCUGUUGUGGCUGUUCUGCCUGAGCUGAAGGACUUCCUGACAGAGUCGACCUUCACAGAGCUGAGCAACCUGCUUACCAACGGCAACUCUCUACUGACUUCCGCCUUUGUCACCGAGACCAAGAGCCUUGUUGCUGCUGCUUCGGACCUGCUUACCACUUCUGUUGCCAACUCUCUCAAAGAGAUCCUCACUGCUGUGGUGCCUCUGCUCCCCGAGAUCAAGAACUUGCUCACCAACGACACUAUCUCUGCGAUCGAGACUCUGUUGACCAACGGCAACGAUCUGUUGACUUCCAACUUUGUCACCGAGACCAAGAGCCUUGUUGCUGCCGCCUCAGACCUUCUCACUACCGCCGUUGCCAACUCUCUCAAGGAGAUCCUCACCGCUGUGGUGCCUCUGCUUCCGGAAAUCAAGAACCUGCUCACCAACUCUACCAUCUCCUCGAUCGAGACUCUGCUUACCAAUGGCAACAAUCUACUCACUGCCAACUUUGUCACCGAGACCAAGUCUCUGGUUGGCAGUGCUUCAGAGCUAUUGACCGAUUCCGUGACCAGCACUCUGAAGGAGAUCCUCACAUACGUUGUGGACAUUCUCCCAGAUCUGAAGAGCUUCCUCACGACCGAGACUCUGGACGAGCUGGAGAGCCUGUUAUCCAACGGCAACUCUCUGCUCACCAGCUCGUUCGUCAACGAGACCAAGACCCUGGUCAGCAACGCCGACGAUCUUCUCACCCCAUCACUGGUAUCUGGUCUCAAGAGUCUUCUCAGCGAGGUCACUCCACUCCUCCCAGAGGUCGAGAAGCUCCUAACCAAGAACACCAUCUCAAUGAUCUCUUCUCUGUUGACAAACGCGAACGACCUUCUCUCCGCCACGUUCGUCAACGAGACCGAGUCCCUGAUCGCCGGUGCCUCCGACCUACUCACACCAUACGUUCUCGGUGGUCUGAGCGACCUACUGAACGGUCUCGUUCCCGUGGUACCCAACAUUACUCAAGACUUCCUGAACGCCACAACCCUGAAGAACCUGACCUACCUCCUCGGAAACGGAACCGUUCUCCUGGAUACGGCCUUCGUCACCGACACAAAGAGUCUAAUCGAAGAAGCGGGCGAUCUACUUACCCCGUCAACCGUCAAGUCUCUUACCGGUCUCCUUGGUACUCUCGAGGACUCGAUGCCUGAACUCGAGUCUCUCCUGACCGCGGGUACUAUCUCGGAGAUUCAUACACUACUGAAUAACGCGGGAGAUCUUCUCACAUCGAAGUUUGUGAAUGAGACCGCGACUAUUAUUAAUGAUGUCUCGGGUCUUUUGCCUUUGAUUGAUGAGAUUUUGAAUGCGUUGUAA